UUUUGGAGGCCCCAUUGGCGAAACAGGUUACAACCUGUUUGGGUUUACAAACUGACCUCCGGAACUGAUUAUGGUUGUAAACCAAGGUACUACUGUAAUGGAUAAAGUCAGUAGAGCCAUAUUGGCUAUCAGGAAGCAGCAUAAAAUGUCAACUGCUACUUAAAUAACAAUUUUUUGGAAGGGUCCAUGGGUCAGGUUCAAUCAUUCCCCCAAUGAAAAACAUCUGAAGCAUCUUCCUAAAACUGAAAACAGCUUGUUUGCUGAACUUAUCAGGAGAUGAAGUUCUAUAAUGAACUUAGUAGGGCAAGGUUGGAGCAUGGAUGUGGGAGUGCACUGAGUCCGGAAUAAAUGCCAAUGUGUACAUAGCUUUGGAUUCGUCUUUUCCCGUUUCCUCAUUGCUUUGUUGUGAUAGGGGUGUGUAUGUGUCACCUGUGUGUGUGUGUGUGAUUUGAUACUUGGCUUAAAUACACAUGCUUGUUUGCAGAGUGAGGGAACUUUCGGGUGGGUGUGUAGCUUUUUGGCCUUUUCUGAUUGGGACAGUGGAAUUCAGUCAGGUGGCAUGUGCUGCAGAUUGCACACCUAUGCGGUGCUCACACCGACCCUCCGCAGUGGAGGGACAAGCCCAGGCGGAGGACAAGCAUGCCAAGGUACACGGUGCAUGUCCGAGGGGAAUGGCUUGCCGUGCCUUGCCGAAGUGGCGCGAGCACAGUGAGGUGGCUGGGGAAAGAAGCCGUCAGGCGUUACAUGAAAAACAAACCUGACAAUGGAGGCUUUGGUUCUGUGGAGGAAGUACAAUUCUACGUCCGCCGUUGCAAAGGCCUUGGAUUGCUGGAUCAGGACGAUACUUUGGAAGAUGCCCUCGAGGACAAUGAAUUUGUGGAAGUUGUGAUACAAGGAGAUGUAAUGUCCCCAGACUUCAUUCCAUCACAGCCUGAGGGUGUUCAUUUAUAUAGUAAAUAUCGAGAACCAGAACAGUAUAUUUAUUUAGAUGGGAACCAUUUGACAACACAGGAUUUAGUCAAUUUAGGAAAGGGGCUGUAUAAGAUUAAGUUAACCCCUGAAGCUGAAACUAAAGUCAGAGAAUCAAGAGAUGUUAUUGAAAGUAUUCUAAAGGAACAGAGAGUUGUCUAUGGAAUUACUACAGGUUUUGGGAAGUUUGCACGAACUGUUAUUCCAAACAGCAAGCUAUGGGAACUUCAAGUGAAUUUGGUUCGGUCACAUUCUGCAGGUGUUGGGAAGCCUUUGAUUCCAGAGAGAUCUCGUAUGCUCUUAGCUCUAAGGAUCAAUGUCUUAGCAAAAGGAUACAGUGGAAUAUCACUGGAAACUCUUCACCAAGUCAUUGAAGCAUUUAACGCAUCCUGCCUGCCCUACAUUCCUGAGCAAGGGACUGUUGGAGCCAGUGGAGACUUAGCCCCUCUUUCCCAUCUUGCUCUGGGACUCAUAGGAGAAGGGAAGAUGUGGUCUCCAAAGAGUGGAUGGGCUGAUGCAAAAUAUGUGCUGGAAGCUCAUGGACUGAAACCAAUUACACUGAAGCCCAAAGAGGGCCUGGCUCUUAUAAACGGGACGCAAAUGAUUACUUCUCUAGGAUGUGAAGCAGUUGAAAGGGCCAGUGCAAUUGCUAGACAAGCUGACAUAGUGGCUGCCCUCACACUAGAAGUUUUGAAGGGCACAACAAGAGCCUUUGAUACUGAUAUUCAUGCACUGCGACCACAUCGAGGGCAGAUAGAGGUGGCUUUUCGAUUCAGGUCACUUUUAGAUUCUGAUCACCAUCCCUCUGAAAUAGCAGAAUCUCAUCGAUUUUGUGAUAGAGUACAAGAUGCAUACACACUGCGUUGCUGCCCUCAGGUUCAUGGCGUUGCGAAUGACACGAUAGCAUUUGUCAAGGACAUAAUCACCACAGAACUCAACAGCGCAACAGACAAUCCUAUGGUUUUUGCUGAGAGAAAGGAGACAAUUUCUGGAGGAAAUUUCCAUGGUGAAUACCCUGCCAAGGCUCUGGACUAUCUUGCAAUUGGGGUCCAUGAACUUGCUGCGAUUAGCGAAAGGAGGAUCGAACGGCUCUGCAACCCAUCCCUCAGUGAGUUGCCGCCAUUUUUAGUCACAGAAGGAGGUCUGAACUCUGGAUUCAUGAUUGCACACUGCACAGCAGCAUCCUUGGUUUCCGAAAACAAAGCCUUGUGCCACCCGUCUUCUGUGGAUACUCUUUCGACCAGUGCCGCUACGGAGGACCACGUGUCCAUGGGAGGAUGGGCUGCGAGAAAAGCACUCAAAGUCAUUGAGCACGUUGAACAAGUAUUGGCUGUAGAACUCCUUGCGGCAUGCCAGGGCAUUGAGUUUCUACGCCCCCUGAGAACUACGACCCCAUUGGAAAAAGUCUAUGACCUUGUGCGCUCUGUUGUCAGGCCUUGGAUGAAAGAUCGCUUCAUGGCCCCAGACAUUGAGGCAGCUCACAGACUGCUUGUGGAUCAGAAGGUUUGGGAAGUAGCUGAACCAUACAUUGAAAAAUACAGAAGGGAGCACCUUCCUGAGUCCAGGCCAAUCUCCCCUACUGCCUUUUCAUUAGCAGCAAGUGAAAAUGCCUCACGCUGUCGCCACCAACAUCAUCAUAGCGACUCAGAAGAAUUUGAUUAAGAGUAAAUGCUAUCAGAAAUGAACCCCAGUACUUCAGUUGAUAGCAAAAUCUGUGUGUUUUUAAUAACUCCCGUAUUCUGUACUUUAUGCCAAAGGCCAAAAAAUAAAUAAAAGAUUCCAAAGCUGAAAAUA